UUCACUCGACGCGGCGCUGUGGUUUCCAGUUAGUGACUUGUCGCAUAUGUGAAACGUUGUGCUAUUCGAAUUAUUGACAAUAUUUCGCUAUGUCAGAAAAUAGUUCUUUAAAAAAAAUUCAUGAUGACUUUGAAAAUAUGAUGAAAUCAUGGGAGGACGCGGAAGAACUAAAGAAGCUGUAUCUGCCGCGAGCUAAUGCUGCGAAGAAAAGUAAGUUUCUCAAAGCCAUCGGUGCUACAUGUCAAUUGGACGAAGCUACAACUAACGCGAAUAUGGACGAUGAAAAUUUACAUCUUACUGUAACGAACACGACGAUGCAUAUGAUUACGCGUAUGGUUCAAAGUAAUUCAAUCAAACCAGAACCAUUCGACGAUUCCAUUGUGAUAAAAGGUUUUAGGAAAAUAAAACGUCCUAAAUUCGACUUAAAAACCUACAUUUCGUGCGUAAAAGGAACCGUGUCCAGCCCGAGUCCUUUCACUGCGAAACUGAUGACACUUAUAGAUGAUCUGCUGGUAAAGUACAGCGAGGCCAAAUACCAACAGCUCAACCUGAACGUCACAUAUUUAGUGCUGGUUUUAUCGCGAAAAUUCUUUAAAAACAAGUCAAGCUACAUGAAUGCUUUGAUGAAACAAAAAACUCACGAGGAUUAUGUGAAGCUGUGUCCUAAGCCCCUGGACGAGAGAUUGCCUAAUGACGAUUCGUUGCUAAAUCACGAUGUUAUAAUCCAGGGAAACACGCUGUUCAUGCUGAUUUUAUAUGCGUACCAACAGAGCUCCAGGCUGACGAGGCGUGUGUUGGUGACCACCUGCAUCAUGCAUAUGGAAUAUACAGGCCUCGGGCUUCCCAAGAUGUUCGACAAGCUGGUGCUGCUAUACCGCGUGCCCGAAGCCCAGCUGUGGGACGCAUUUUGCGAAUACGAUUAUGAAUCCUUGUUUAAGCUGGCCGAUUUUCACGACGCACAACGCAAAGGCGAGGAAGAAGAGCCGCCUAAAACUUAUUCACUUUUCCCAUAUUGCAGGCUUCUUGGCCAAAAUUACCAUAGUGACCUGUCUUGCAAAGAAAAUCAAGUGCUGUGUUACGCUAUGGCUUGCUUGAUUGAUAAAAAGAUCGGUACAAAUAAAUCGCAUUUGAGAGAAGCGUAUUGGGUAAAGGAGAUUAAGAAUACUAAAAUAAUUACUAAAGGGAACUCUCUGGCAGAUGCUGCAUAUGAAAAAAUUAAAGUUUAUGACGACUGCAACAGGGGGGGUGCGGGCGGCCAAGUCAAUUGCUAGACGUCAUUCGCCAGUCGCCAGUCCUCAGUUGAUAACAACUGCGCAGCGCCUAUGUCCUUUGCAUAUAAUUCAUAAAUAUAAUAUAUCGACUUGUGUGUUUUACUUAUGGUUUGUGAACGUCACUAAAAGUGUGAAAGAUGAGCCGAUGAGUGUUUAAAUAUAAUCUGCGGCAGGAAUGAAUAUUAAAUAUUUAAAAUUAAACGGAGUCCGACAUAACCAUCGUCAUAUCAUUUUAUGAGUCACAUUUUAUAAAUAGAUGAUGAUAAAUGUUUUGUGCUGUUUUAAUUAAGUCAUUACUAACAACAGUUUAAGCGUUAUAGUCUUUUUUUAUAUAAAACUGUACCGAUUAUAAAGGUGCAUCCACAUCGCAGUUACUUUGUGGCGCAACACUGAGCAAUACUGUAACAUAAGGUGACUAUAACAGAAAAGAACAAAGUACAACAACGAGUAAUGCAAUUUAUUUCUUGUGUUAAUUGAUUUUGAAUAAUAUUUCAAUGAAGACAAUGUCGAUAAUAGUUUGACAGUAAAAAAGUCUAUCAGCUGCGCUCCGGCGUGUAUGCGCCGUGGAAGUAAACUGGCUAAUCCAUGUGGUUGGAAUUUGACAUAAUGAUGGAUAUACACUAUUAAUAAAUAGGUUAGUUUUAUAUCUUAAUUAGCCCUAUAUGUUGAGAGAAAGAGAACAAAGCAGCAUUAACAAAAUAUUGGUAUUAUUUCACUUUGUAGCUUGAUCAAAUCCAUGUAUUCAUACAUCGGUAUUAAGAUUAUAAAUCAAACAAAACGAAAGAUUUAUUACUAAUUUAUACAAUGUUUUCAUAAGUUCGAUUUAUAUUGAAAGUUUUUUAACAAUGAUUAGGUAAUUAUAAAUGAUGGAUUUAAUUGUUAUUGCUGUUGCAAAUAAAAGAGCGAUUGUCACUAUGAUUGUCAUUAUGAGAGUCAGAGUGAUAGACGUUUCUUUCUAACAUUUUUAGCAACUGGCAAAGAAAGUUUGUGUUCUAAGCCGCGGGUGGAUACAGUUUUUACGUUGAAACAUGACAGGGAAAAGUUCAACCUUAAUAUAAAUUAUGGAAGAAUUCACGACCAAUUUUAUGUUUUGAAGUAGAAUGGGCUGACAAGUCAACAAGAGGAAUUUAAUUUGCAUAAAAUUAGACAUCUUCGUCGUCGAUCGCCGUGGGUUUAGGACGAAACUUUGUUUAAUUUAUAUUUUACUGUUUGUGUUUAUUUUUGAUUUCUUGAUGUCAAUUACUUCAUUAAUUAUAAAUUUUAAGCUCA